AUGCUUCGGCGGCAACGCUCGCUCACUGCUCUCAUUCAACCACCGCCUGAGGUCGAAGAAGAAGAGUACCCGCCCCCACCAACUGGUCUGACGCGUGCGACACUGCGUAUCAAGACCUUGCCCACCCCAGCACCGACUGGCACUCCAGGAAAGAAGGGUCUCCUCUCCACCGAGACUCCCGUCGGUCAUCCUAAGGAUGGCCUCAUUCACCGAGUGUCUUCGCUCUUCAGAAACACGUCGGCCACGGCGAAACUUGGUUCUCCCUCAAGCUCCCAGUACAAAGCCACAGCCUCGAAUUCAGAGAUUCACGUCGUUGCUGGUGGGAAACUCGUCAAACGGCCGUCUGCCAGGCGGAACACGACUGCUGCCACCCAACCAGAGAAGGACAGGCUACGGGAGGUUGCAGUUACUCCACAGAAAAAGACAGCGAAAUCUGUCAAGUCGAGCAAGUCCACCAUGAGCAUCUCGUCGACAUUUGGCUUCAAGUCCAAUUCAUCAACUGCCAAAACGACGCCUGCCUCCCCCGGUCAUAAAUCGCUUCCCAAUACCACAUCGAGGGAUGAGUUAGAGGAUGAUGAAGAUGAUAUUCGCCGUCCAUCGGACCUAGGGCGGACAUCUUCCUUGCGUUCAACCAACAGCCCACUGGAUUCGGAAGCUUUUGUUGAGGCCGAUGUGUCAGGGGCUACUCCACAAGCAAAGGCUUUCCCAAACUUGUCAGAAGAUGAAGAUGAGGAUGAUGAGGAGGAUAUUCGACGACCAUCUGGUCUUGGCAGAGCGUCAUCAAUGCGCUCUUUACUUGAGGACAGCCCAGAAGCGGACGAACUCGCUUCGAAUCCUCUAGAAAACUACCCUAGGUCUCGCACACGCUCAUCGCCAGCUGGAACAUUGACGCAUCUCCACCAGAUGCUCGGUCUUGCUCCUCCACUGCUUCCAGUUAAUCGAAUCGCCUCAACAGUUACUCCUUCAAUAUGGCAUGCUAUCUUCAAAUAUCUCUCCCUCUCAGAUUCUUCUCGUUGCUGUUUGGUCAGCAAGACUAUGUUAAGCCGCGAAAAGACGCGAUCGCGUCUUGCGGACUCGAUUCGUUCACCACACCUUGCCGCACUUGUUCAAGGUGUGAUCUGCCUGGGCUGGCCAUCACUAGGGUUUGAACAGCUGCAAUUGUCGUCCUUGCGCAGCUUGACAGUAUUUUCGCCGCAAACAAUGCCCCCUCUCGAUUUCCUUUCCUUGAGCACUUUUCUGCGCGAACAUCGAACCCUGGAGCGUUUGGCAAUCAUUGGGGAUACAGCAAGCGACGAACAAGUUCUUUCAGAGAACCCCGACACAUCUUAUGUUCCAUUCCUCCCGAAUUUAACACACCUUCAUGCGCCUCCAGCAAUAACCUGUGUCCUAUUAGAACGAAUGGCUACUUCUCCUCCCACUCUUCCUGCAUUACCCACAGUCAUUGAGACGCCUCGGAAAAGACUUCUGUCUGCAGAGGCUCUGGCGCUGCUCUCGCCGGAUGCGCCAUCGCCCAAACAAGGCGGAGUCGUCGAAUUAAAGCGUCCGGUCAGCAUAAACUUGACGAGAACAUCCUACGUUCCUGCUUCACCUGGCAGCAAUCCGCCUACACCACCACAUCCAUUACGUGUUCUGCGAAUUGCGAUGCCCCGGCCAUUAUAUGAGACCAUCUCCUCAGGAGCAGUCGGCGGAGCACGUAUUGGCCGCGCAAUUGCCAGUUUACUGGCAAGAGGCGGGCAAUCAAAUGUCACCAGCAAGCGGGAACUCGCUUUGCAUAUAAUGCUUGGCCCGCGAGUUGACAAACGGACCAUGGAGAAAGUCUUACGAACUAUCGGAACUGGAAUUAAAGAUGGGUUGGAUCCGGUCAAAGUGUCAGGGAGUCUCGCACUUUUAGAGGUUCGGAGUUGUGUUCGAGUCACCGAUUUAUACAGAACCAUCACUACGAUCAUUCCGCGUUAUCCAACACUGCGAACCCUUCUUCUCACACGACUCACACGUCCUAGUAUCACCAUCGCAGCAGAAUCUACUCCACCAUCACCUGCUUCAUCAACAUUUUACUUCCCCUCGCCUCCUCCCACUCCAGGAUUCGCGAGUUCAUCACUUCGACCUCCUCCCUCACCUUCGUUCUCUAUUCAUCCCCCACCAAGUCCUUCAUUUGCUGCUGCACAAGCACUGCCACUUCCUCCAUCGCCUCCGAUCCAAACUCUCUCGCCAUCACCCUCCUCGAUUUAUGCUUCUGCUCCGUCAACUCCGACAUCACUAGCGCCUGCCACACCCAACUAUCGCCGUAGCUCUAUCCAACUGCUCCCACCUGGGUUAUUGCCCCCUCUCAGCCCGCAUGGGUCCACGUUCUCACGACAAACAGCCACCAAACCGACCUGGACCUGGGAAUGGGACGGCUGGCAAGACGCUGGUGAUGUCUUGAACGACGCGGGGAUCAACCACUGGGACGAUGAGCGAGAACGGCUAUAUCUUGACGAUGCUGUGAUCGACUCGUUUGGUUAUGACGCCGAAAGCAGCAGCGACUUUGCCGGCCUCGAUGACCCGGAUGUCACGGACGUGAUUUCACGAGAAGACGCUCUACGCGUCGCAGUCUGGCGGCGGCAUUGUCCCCCGCUGGAACGCGUGCGCAUGGUGUCGGGUGCGUGGUGGGUGAAUGACGAUUAG